AUGAGAAAAAGAAUACCAAGUGAUGAAUCGUCUGGCUCUGAUGAGGAAAUUAGAACAGGAAAUAUUACUCAUGAGUUAUUCGUGAAUGAGCAGAAUCAAACUGAUGGUUCUGAUGAUUGUGAACCUGCUAUGAUUAGUGAUGAAUCGUCUGACUCAGAUGAUAAAAUUGAAGGAGGAAAUAUUACUCAUGAGGUAUUCCUAAAUGAGCAGAAUCAAAUAGAUGGUUCUGAUGAUUGUGAAACUGCUAUGAUUAGUGAUAGAGUGUCUGAUUUGGAGGAGGAAAUUGAAUCAGAGAAUGAAACUAAUCAGGCAGUUGUGGAUAGUCAGAAUCAAUCAGAUGGUUUCAGUGAUUCUGAUCCCACUGUGAUCAGCACUGAACCUAAUGAUGUGAUUGAUGAAAUAAAACAGGAUGAGGCAACUUUGGAAGAACCAAAAGAAAUGACAGGCACCAUUGAUAUUGGUGCUACUAUAAAGAGAAAUGAUGGUUGUCCUCAUACCUAUGUUAUAGAUUUAAGAGAAAAGAGACUUUUGGCGGAGUCUUCCAAAGUGAAGAAGCGCUUGGCGCAAAAGAAGAAGGGUUUUCGCUCCUUCAUGAGACAGCUUUUUACUAGCUGUUACAAGCGAGUGUAAACUAUGAGAUUGCCAUUAUCCUGAAUU